CAGCUCCAGUUAAAUAUGGUUGCAUUGAUUUGGCCAGCGCGCGCCUGGGGGAGUGUCGAGAGAAGUCAGCUUCACAGCCAGUGUUUCUUCAUCCUGUUAUAUCUAAAGUUUAACAUAGCCUGAUCGGAGAUUCUGUUAAGAAAAAGACAAGAAUUUCCAGAUAACACAGAACAUUUUUGAGUGUAAACUGAGGUGAGGAUAGGCUCAAACACAUACGCCAAGAAGAGCUCUUUAUUUUGCUGAAACAGCGCACGUCAACAGGCGAGUGCAUAGGCCCAUCGACUUGUGUACCGCCGCAACACGUAGCCUCUGUCGUGUGAUCAGAGUACCUCUGUCACGUAUGUACUGCAAACAGGUGAGAGGUUGGGUACUGAGGAGAUGCCAUUCUAGACCAGGUACCUAAAGAAGGAGAGACCAGAAACGACAGGAUGACGUUAGUAGUGUUUCAAGAAGGGGGUCAACAGCCAUCGACUUCAGGACACCAAUGCAGAGCAGGAGGAAACAGAAUGGCUAGUGCAGGACAGUCUUCAAAGCCAGAGAUGCACAGCAGGGCUGUGCAGACAGGCUUUCCUCACCCCUCUGAUAAUGCCAAUCUGCAUCACCCACACCAGCAACUGCCCAUCUGUAUCUGUGGGCAGGCUGGGGAGGGGAACUGUUGGUGUGAGAGCCUGGGGUUCCUGAAGGACCAGGAGUUAUGCAGGGUUGUCCUGCAGAAGGGAUGCCCAAGAUCUAGGUUUGCUGUCCUGCUCAGCAUGCAUGAGGAGUUCUGCAAAUCAGCCAGGGGAGAUCAGAUCAUCAAUACAAGGAGACGAGGAAGUGCCCAUGGAGACAUCAGGGUGAAGCGCUCUAAACUCGCACCACCGCCAACACUGCCACGGCCCAGAGCUCAAAGUGUGAUCGUCCAAAAAACCAGAGCUGCCAACAGGCUCAAUGAAGCAAACACCAAAAGAAGUCCUCAAGUAUCUGUGAAGCCAAAGAAAUCUGUGGAUCCUACUCGCCAAGGGCAACAAAAGCAAGAUGGCAAAGGAAAGUGUAGUGCCAGAGUCCUACCUAAGAAGGAUCAACAGUUUAAAAAAGAAAAAAAGUGCCUUGAAAAUAAUGCAUUGUCAAAUGGCACUGCAUCCAAAAAGGAGAGCAGUGUUGCUGAAGAGGGAGGUAAUUUGGACCAAACUAGCUAUGUGUCUAAGGCAUGGCUGUUAUUUACAGGGUGUGAGAAUGGGAAGAAAACCAAAGAUUCUGAAGGAUCAAAACCUGAAGCAUUGUGUGAUGAUCAUCAUCAUAACAAGGAAUCUAUUAAAGGUUGUUCUAGUUCUGUCUCUGACACUAAGAGAUUGAAUAACCAAGCAGCUCAUCUUGAAGGGUCCUCCCAAAACGAUAGGAAAAAAGAUGCAGAAAAGGUUAAUAGGAUCACUGGACUUAGUGUAAGCUCGAAGAGAAAAGUCACAAACAAAUCUGAAUCAACCUCAACAUCAACUGAAAGCUCAAACAAAUAUGCCAACCGUUUGAAAGGGAGAAGAUCAGAUAGUGAAUCUCUGCAAACAUCCGACGUAGCACAAAGAGGUGGAAAGCCUGAUUUCAGUGAUGAGUGUGACCGCACUGCCCUCUUGGACAGUGUAACAAUAACCGGUGAUGAUGAAACUGAGACUAAUGUCUCUGGAGCAUGUCGUCUUGAUGCGCAAGAUGGUAUCAGCGAGGGAGAACUGUCAAUGUUUGCUUCUUCAACUCUAGGAGACCCUUGCAUGUCAUUGAUGAACAGGAAUAUAAAAGAUUUGGACCACAGCUCUGAGUUAGCUGGCAGCGAGCUGAAUGAAAGAUUAAAAGGCAAUUGGAAACUGGAUGGCUCCUUGACAAUACCUGUUAACGGACGUGAUCAUGUGUCUUACCGGGAUAGUGGAAUAGGUAGUAGUGGGUCUGUUUGUGAAUCAAGACUCAGUGCAACUCACAGUGUCAUGGUAGAGGAUAAAUCUGAGUCAGAAGAUGGCAUGACCAAAGCAGAGGCAAAGAAUUGCCACAAGCCGGACUCUCUGUCAGUUGCCUUCAGUCCACCCCGUGCGUUCAAGGAGGGGGAAUGCAAUAUUCCAUCUGAGGGAACCAACAACUCACAGAUGUCAUGCUCUUCUCUGCUCACACCCGCACAAGGAAGUUCAUGUUCUGAAUCCACUCUGCAGGUCGAGGAUGAUUAUUUGCUUGGUGCAUGUGCAAUUGUGAAAAGGGACCAUUCUGUUUGCAAUGAACAUAACUUAUCUUCGGAAGGAGAUGGAAUCCACACCACGUCCUCGAAAGACAAAGCUGUUCAGGGUAAUUGCCAGUCGCCUGCUGCCAAGGAAGAGGAUUUCUCUUUCAUUUCAUCUGUCAUCGUUAUUGAAGAUAAAGAAACAUCUGAACAAUGCCUUUCCAUAUCAGACAGUAAGUCAUGCAAGGUCGAAGGCUCUAGGCCAGUUGAUGCAGAGCAUUCACAUAUGGUACAGCUUCACAUAAAUGUAGAUCUCAAAGGAAAGCAUGAUGCCAAAAAUAAAUUGAAGAAGGAUAAUAUAAUUUUGAAGAAAGGUGACAGAAUUGUACAUCCGAAAGUGAGCAAGAAGUCAGAGAAUGAACGAGCCAAAGAACGCAAACACCAGAGAACGAUGAACCCUCGCAAGGUUGGCAUCUUGAAGUAUCUCAUUUGCCAGAGCCCGCUCAUUCUAAGUGACUUGAAUGACAGUGACUAUGAAGAUUCAGAAAGUGAAUUGGAGGAUUUGUCAUACAACAAGGAAGAUCAAUUUGCCACGAUGCCAGUUGAGAUUGUCCUCAAAAUUUUCAGAGAACUUCGCACACGUGAUCUUUCUCAGCUCAAGUUCACCUGCAAGAACUUUUACUGGCUGAUCACAAGGUUCAACAUUAUAGGAGUUGACUCCAAGUGGGUGGAGAUGGACUCGUACCGCAACGACCCCUGCAUGCAGUGCGGUAAGGUGAGGGACAGACGGGGCGAUGUCUCGCUUUGCUACUGGCAUCCCAAGUACUACUAUAGAACAGGGAACGGACGACACCACUGGACAUGCUGCCUCAACACCAGCAAGGAUGCUCCGGGAUGCUGUGAAGGUCUCCAUGACAACAAGUGGACGACUUCUAAGGUGAUGAAGCGAAGCAUCCCUCGGCAGUGGAGUAGUAACAUGUGGCAUCUCUGUCCUCACAAGGUCAACAUGGAGCCAUGAAGGCAUCUCUGCCCUCACAAGGUUAACAUGGAGCCAUGAAGGUAUCUUCUUUAUGUCUUAUGCUUCAUAUCAUCUCUUUGGAUCCAAAAGGGUGAUAAUUCUGCGUAAAAUUGUCUGAGUUAUCGCCCUUCUGGCUUCAAACGGACGGUAUCAUCUGCUACAAACCAUACAGGCAUUGAUUAUUUCAUCUCAUUAAUAUUGAGUUUAAUAUUGCCCGUUUGGUUCUGAGCAGAUAACAUUAUCUACUUACUGUACGUAGUUCUAACAUAUCUUCAGGCCAGCUCAUGGCCUUGUAACUACUCACUCUCAGGAAAACUGGAAAAGUCGCUCCGCUAUGACACAAAUAGAUUACAUAUUUCACUCUAAAUGCAGACUAUUUAUAUGCAGGUUAAACUCAUUUUGUUCAGCCAUUUUCAAUUUCUCGUCUUUUCCAUGAUGGAAAGACAUUUUAUACUGCCCUCUUUGUCCACAUAUGGGUCUUUCUCUAUGUUGUGCGAGUCUAUUUUUUUUUAAACUUUAAACUUUGUGUAAUUUACACUGCACACGUCCAUUCUGAAUGCCACAUUGCCUUUUAUAUAUCAACUCAUGUUAUUAAUGUAUGUUUGUAAACAUACUUAUGAUUGUAAAAGAUUUGUAAAACUUGUAAGAUUGUCAACAAAUGGAAAAUCCCAUUAGAAACGUACAUGUGAAGUAUGUGAUAUGUUUUUAUUUUAUAGAUUUAACUGUUUAAUGUUAUUUUGAAGAGUUUUAUUUUUCAUUUGUUUGCUUUCUUGUAUACACAUCAUAUAAUGAAAUAGGGAAUUUAUAUAUGAAAACCUGCUGGUACAACAGAUUUAUCUUUAAAACUAUUUGCAUCAAUGAAACCAACUGGUAGAAUACAUGUACAGACAUCAUGAUCAUAUAUCUACACAACCAUUUUGUCACUCCACAAUAUCCUAUUUCAGACAUAUAAUGUAUGGUACAUGUACAUGUGCACAUCCAAAUAUAGUUUUUGGAUUACUCACAGUCUCACACAUUACACAUACUUCUUUGAAUUUCAUUUGGCAGAAAUCACAUGCUCAUCCUUCCUGAUAUUUAAUGAAUAGUUGGGUUUUUUUAAUUUUAAAAAUUCUGUGUGUAUGAUUCGUCAUGAUUUAUCAGAAAAACAAGGUUUCCAUGUUAAACUGGUCAUGUGAAUUGUCCACUUUGUUAGGGUAACUUUGGCAGCAUAGCUCCAAACCGGAUCGUUUCCCUCUAACGCAUCCUGUAUUGAAGUCGGACCCGAUGUACAUGUACGUGUAAAAACCGCCCAUUUCCUCUAAUCAGAGAGCCAUGACUAAUUCAUGUACAAGUCAGAGAAAGCGCUUUGCCUACUGCUCACACAUUGCCUUCAAUACAUUGAUCAUAUACUGCCUACCUGUGAGGUAUUGCCUCUAGUCACUGAGCAUGGUUGUCAAUUAAGACACCGGUAUACAAAUCUUGAGGUAAUUUAGAGGUCACCUAAUGAUAUUCAUAUGUAGGAUCACUGUUGAAAGUCAAAAAGGUGCUAACUCUGUGUUUAAUAUGAGCUAAUGCCCUUCUUGUCCCAAACAUAUAAACAAUAUCCACGUAUUGGUCACCUUGUCUUUAGUGCUGGUAUCAUUGAUAAACAGGUGCAUCAGCAAUAUUGCAAUCAGGGAUCUGCUUUGCUACCCUUGGGUCCAGAGAGGCAGUGGGAUUAAACGCCUUCUCUCAAAGCAUAUUUUGCAUUGGGCCAUAAUUGAAACUUUCAUCUGCUUGAAUGGAUUUGAAUAACAGAAAUUUGUCCAAUUUACCACAUAGACCUACUUGUUAUCUUACUUUUUUUCCCAAUGUGAUAUUGCUUUGCAUAUGUUUAACAUGAUAAUUUAAUACUCUUUUAUAUUCUAUACUGAUUUGUAAUAAUAUAUUUUGCUCGCUCUUGUAAUUAUACUGUUCUACUAUUAUACUAACACAUGAUAACUGAAUCCCUACAAAAUUUGUGAGCAGAAAGUUCAAAUCAGGAAAUGGGAAUCACAACAAAAAAGAAUAGAAACAGCUUAUAAAGAUUAAUGAACUGGAUAUAUGGGUGAACAGAAAUACAUGUGAUAGAUCUAAACAUGAAUGUGUACUUCUUGUGGAAGGGCAUAUGGUUUUGCAAAACAUUCUUUUCGCUUCUCUUUUAUGAAUUACAAGUCAGAAUCAAGGUUCCCCCAUAAAAGUGUUUGCAAUGUUUUUUGCAGAAAAUAUUUUAUUGAUCUUGAAAUGAAUGCAAGCAAGAGCCUAGCAGUAAUAAGCUUCUCAAGAAGUCUGCCCAGAAAGUCCAAAUAAAACCGGCUUCUAAAAAAUUCAGGAUAGGAUUUAUAUUUAGCCGAGGUUAUGGCGUUGAGUAAUCUGAUCUGAAAAACUGAAGAAGGCCUCUCCAAGACACUCCAAUCUUUUCCAAUGCAGCAGUAAUGCAGUUAACGUCCUUGCCAGAAUCUCUUGAAUUGUCAAUGGAAAGCCAAAUUCUUGUUGAUUAAAUUACAUGUUUCUAUCAGAUUUGGGUUGUCUAAAGAAAAUACUGAAAAUUUCUUUUGAUCCUGAAAUUUCAUUAUUAUUAGUUUCUUACAUAGAAUAUAUAAGAUUUUAUGUACAUGUACCAAGCUUGCAAAUGGCCUAAAAUCAUUUUUGUUUUAAAUGUCAUGUCAGCCAUACAUGUACCUACACAGUGUAUUUCCUCAGAAAUGUUUAUAUUCUCUCUCGAAGUAUAAGUUUCUUUUGAAUUUGAAUAGUACUUCCAUUGGUUGAUUUCUUAAUACAGCAGUCAUUCGCAUUUAAAUGUUCCACGUCCUCAAUUCCUGUAUUUUAAUAUGUUACACAUCAAAUCUUUUCCAUAGUAGCACUACAGUGUAGCAGCGAUAUUAUCUAAAUGUCAUGACUGCCAAACCUCUUCUAAGACUUCACAAUUCCUUCAUUUGAAGCUAAGUUUACAUUGAUUCUGUCACAUCUUUAUGGAUGAUUGCAGUAUACAUGCAGCAGUCAUUUGCAUUUGUUAUGUUGGCCCAUGUUUGUUUGUUUGUGCUAUUAUCUCUUAUAUCUCAUAGUUGUUUUUGUUGAAAGGGUUAUGCCAACAUGGCAGCCAAACCUAUUCAUUCAGAGUUACAGGGGCGUAUUUUUGAUUUCUCAAAACGAAAGCCAAGUUUUGUUUUGAUUGUCCAAGGCCGUCAUGGAUAGUUUCUCUCCGCCUUGUAGGCUGUAGGCCAUUGCUAUUGAUAGAUCCUUUACCAUUUCGUCCUGUGCGUCUUGGAAUGAUGUGUAGAAUAUUGGCCGAUAUUCAAUGUGUAAAUUAUUUGUUCCUGUAUGAAGAGUUGGAUCUAGAUAUCAGGUCAAAGUAUGCUGUGAAUUAUCCUUCUGUUUGAGGAUGUCAGUCUAAUCUUGGUUGUUACCAAAGUUUCUUUUCAUUUAGCGUGAGAAAAAUACUUCUUGUCACGGCAUGAAAUUCCAACCUUGUUUUUGUCACGGCAUCAUGGUUUAUAUGUUCAUACAAGAACAAUUAUAACUGCUGUGCUUUCUGUGUAGUCAUAGAGAUGCAUGCUAUCAUCCUGGUAACACUAAUUGAAGAAACCUUUUUAUGUUCUUCUAAAUUAUUUAAAGAUUGUCACACAAUUCAUAUUUGAAGCAAAAUGUGUGCAGCCUACUAAUAGGCAAAAUUCACCAGCCCAUGUCCACUUGCCACUUCAUUAAACUUGAUCUUUGUUACAGCAACAUUUGCUUGUUUUUGAAUUUAUAAGUAUUUACCAACAAAUUAUCUUUAAUUUGCUUGAGGUCUCCAGCAACAUAAGCGCAAAAUAAAUCAUCUUCAUCUGCUUUUUUUCUUUGGGAAAUAAGACCAAGAUUUCUCAGGAUAUUUUCUCGACCAAAUAUCCCGCUAAUUGCAACUGCGGUCGAUUUGUGAUCGAGAUAUUUAAAAUAGCGGGUUAUUUGGCAAACUCGAGCUGAUGAAGGCAGGCCUAUUGUAUGGCAAUGGCUUGAGCCAAAUCCUUGUCUCCUUGCAUAAUAUAUACCCUGUCCUGUCCUGUCAUGGGAUGGACUCCAAUGUAGAACUUUAAUAUAACGAGGCAUAUGAAUUGAGUUUAUAAGCCAGCUUGAUUUAAUACUGUGAGUGUAAGCAGCUGGGACACACGACUAACCCUGACCCCUAUCUACAUGGCUAUUAUACUCAUAAAACCAUGCCAAGUUUAAUGGCAAAACCAGAGACAAAAAAUAGACAGUUUGCUUUUUGUUAUUUGUCUAACUGUUGGAAGGUUAGAUACAU